AUGCAUUUUCAGAAGAGAUCACACAAGGUUGGCACCAUUUUCAAAGGAGUCAGAGCUCUUCCUUUCAAGCAGCGACCUAAAAUGAUAUCGUCGUCGUCUAAUGUGCUGUCUAGCCCAGCAGUCACCCCAGCGUCAGGGGAGAAGACCUCUUUGCCUGGUUUUGGACUACCGUUGAAUUAUGGUUUCCCCAGUGAGGGGAAGGACAGUCGAUUUCCCAGCGCACUUCUCCCUGAAGAUAUUAAGGAGGGUCGGACAACGCUCGCGCUAACGACGCUGCGCGAAUUCAAGAUGCUGCAGAUCAUGAACCAGAUCACAGACAAGCCAGAUUGGCACACCAAGGUGUUCGACGAAACGAUCGCCGCGAAAUGGAAAUCCGAGGCUAUCGCCCAAGACGCGAGAGGCGUUAGCAAGGCAAUGAUGAACUGGGUCAUCGAUGAGCUCCGCUACAAGGCCAAGAUAUUCGAGCAAACGGGCGCCAUCUCUGUCUUCACAGGCGACGUUGUCAAAUCCGAUUCUGCUCUUCCCGAAUCGUUCAAGCUCGAACUCCAGGCUGCUGUCAAACCAUUGGAAGACAUCCCAGCGAAGGACAAGGACUGGCACCCGGGAUCGAAGAAGAUGGUGCUGGACCUCGUCCACCCGUCUCUGUUUCCGCUCGUAUAUGGCCGCUCGAAGGUCCUCGAGAGCGGACGCACGACUCUAGAGGACUGUAUCGCUCAGUGCGGGGAAGGGGUUGUGAUACCAGUGCCGUCAGAGAGGAGAGCACAGUUGAAGUGCCUCGUUACAAUUACAGCAUGGUCAAGCAACCAUACAGUCGUAAAUUUCAAUGGCUUCCGUGCGAAGUUGAUAUCUCUUCGGAGAAGGCGAAAAUUACGAGCUACAUCAACAACCUCCAUCCAGAAAAACAUAAGACACUCUAUGCGCUCAUCGAACAGGUCGUAG